AUGGCUAAAGCUGAUAAGUUGAAAGCCCUAAGGGCUGCUAGAGCUGCUGGUACAAGUAAAAACGUUUAUCAUGAAGAAGAACCUGAAGAUAUUUAUGAUGUUGUUGAUGAAGAUGAUUAUAGAGCCAAAAGACGUGAGGAUUUGUUGAAGGAUGAUUUCGUUAUUGAUGAUAAUGGUGAAGGUUACGUGGAUACCGGUGCUGACGAAUGGGAUAACAGAGGAAGACACAGAUAUCACUCAAGUGAGGAUGAAGAAGAAGUUGAAGAUUCACACUCCAGAAAGAAGAAGAAAGUUAAGAAGACCGCCCCAAUAAAUAACUUCUUCAAACCUAGUUCCACUGUUGCUGCUGCUACUAAGAAGAAAGUUGAUGCAAACUUUGACGAUAUUUUAGAUGAUUUCAUGGUUAAUGAAACCUCUUUUGAUAACCAUAUGGAUUCAUCACCAACCAGAACAAAGCAGGCUAAAGCUGAAUCAGCAGAACUUGAAAUUCCAGUCAUUGCAAAGAAACCCGAAGCUAUAAAAGGUGAACAAGAAGAUGAAGAUGAAGAAUCUGAAGACGAAGUUGUUGUUGUGAAAAGACCAAGAACAUCCACCACUAAUGUUAAUCGUUCUGUUAACAUGACCUCCUCAGCCAAACAAGAGUCUAUCAAAAGUGACCCAGUUACAUUUACAUCUUCACCAAGCUCGUCAUAUACCCCAACUAGUGAUAAGAUUGAUAAAGAAUUAGUUGCUGAUGACAGCACAGACUCCUUCAAAAUGUAUUGGUUAGAUUAUACGGAAGUUGAAAACACUUUAAUCUUGUUUGGGAAAGUCUUGACUAAUGAUAAACAGUUAGUCUCAGCAAUGGUUCAAGUUAAAGGUUUUGACAGAGAAUUAUAUUUUUUACCAAGAGACUAUAGACAAGUUGAUGGUGAAGAUACAGAUGAGAAAAUAUCAGCCAUGGAUGUCCAUGAAGAAGUUGCGCCUUUGAUUAUGGGUAAAUUCGGUCUAUCAUCUUUAAAGGCUAAACCAGAAGUUAAAAAAUAUGCUUUUGAAAUGCCUGGUAUACCUAAAGAAAAGGAAUAUUUGAAACUUAUAUUACCAUAUCAACCACCAAAAAGUGCAAAAGUUACCUUACCAAGUGAUUUAUCUGGUGAAACUUUCUCCCAUGUUUUUGGUACUAAUGCAAACAUCUUUGAAACUUUUGUUUUACAAAGAAACAUUAUGGGUCCUUGCUGGUUAGAGAUCAAGAAUGCUGAUUUCAAUGCUGUUAGAAACACAUCACAUUGUAAAGUUGAAGUUGCUGUUGGAAAGCCAGCAUUUAUUACACCAAUUGAAAAAUCAACUCCAGAGUUCCAAAUUACUCCUCCACCUUUAACUUCAUGUUCCAUUUCUGUUCAGUCUAUGAUGAAUCAAAAAGAGAACAGACAAGAAGUCGUCGCAGUCACAUUAGCCACAUAUAGAAACUUACCACAAGAUGCACCAGUUGAUGAAAAUUUGAAACCAGAUGAUUUUGUCACUUUAACUAGACCUAUUGGUGUUUCAUUUCCUCCUGGUCUUAAGACUUUAGCUGAUAAAAAUAAAUUACCCUUAAGAGUUUUCAGUAAUGAAAAGACUUUAUUAAAUUGUUUAGCUGCCUUGGUCAAAUUAUCAGAUCCAGAUGUUUUCAUUGGUCACAGAUUGGAGAAUAUUUCAUUAGAUAUUGUUUUACAUCGUAUGCAUGAUUUGAAAGUUGCAACUUUUAGUACAUUUGGUCGUCGUCAAAGAAAAGCAUGGCCUGACAGAUUUGGUAAAAACAAUGCCAAUACCAGUUUCUUAAUCAAGGAGAUUUUUGCAGGAAGAUUAUUAUGUGAUAUAUCAAAUGAAAUGGGUCAAUCAUUAACAACAAAGUGUCAAUCAUGGGAUUUACCAGAAAUGUAUGAUGUUGUUUGUAAGAAGAAACAUAUGCCAUUGGAAAUUAAUUGGGCCAAUCCUCAAUAUGCUGAAAAUGCAAAUUCUUUAUUCAUGGUUUUGAAAGAAAAUUGUAUGAAUUGUUUAAUAACAGCUGAGAUUGCAUUUGGUAUGCAAAUAUUAUCAUUAUCCAAACAAUUAACCAAUUUGGCUGGUAACGCUUGGGCACAUACCUUGGGUGGUACAAGAGCUGGUCGUAAUGAAUAUAUUUUGUUGCAUGAGUUUAAUAGAAAUGGUUAUAUUGUUCCAGAUAAAGAAACUCGUCAACAGAGACAAGCUUUCCAACAGCAACAACAGCAAGAUAUGAAUGAUGAUGGUGAUGAAGCUCAACAACAAAGUUCUGGUAAUAAUAAGAAAUCUAAAUAUCAGGGUGGGUUAGUUUUUGAACCUGAAAAGGGGCUACAUAAGAAUUAUGUCUUGGUUAUGGAUUUCAACUCAUUAUAUCCAUCAAUCAUUCAAGAGUUCAACAUUUGUUUCACAACAGUUGAUAGAGAUUUAAACAAUAUUGAGAAUUUACCAGAUGUUCCAGCAAAUUCUACCCAACAAGGUGUUUUACCAAGAUUAUUAUCAACAUUGGUUAAUCGUCGUCGUGAAGUUAAGAAAUUAAUGAAAGAUCCAACUGCAAGUGCUGUGGAGAAAGCUCAAUAUGAUAUUAAACAACAAGCUUUGAAAUUGACUGCCAAUUCUAUGUAUGGUUGUCUUGGUUAUGUUCACUCAAGAUUUUAUGCCAAACCAUUAGCUAUGUUGGUUACUAAUAAAGGUAGAGAAAUUUUAAUGGAUACCAGACAAUUAGCUGAAAGUUUAGGUUUAAGAGUUGUUUAUGGUGAUACUGAUUCUGUUAUGAUUGAUACAAAUUGUGAUAAUUUUAAAGAAGCUAUAAAGAUUGGUGAAGAUUUUAAAGUUAAAGUCAAUGAAAGAUAUAGAUUAUUGGAAAUUGAUAUUGAUAAUGUCUUCAAAAGAUUAUUGUUGCAUGCAAAGAAGAAAUAUGCCGCUAUGAAUGUUUCAUUUGAUAAAAUGGGUAAAGAAAUUGCCACUUUGGAAGUUAAAGGUCUUGAUAUGAAACGUCGUGAAUAUUGUCCAUUAUCUAAAGAUAUAUCUAUCUAUGUUUUACAGAAAAUUUUAUCAGAUUUAGAUCCAGAAGUUGCAUUGAAUGAAGUUUAUUCAUAUUUAGAAGAAACCACUUCAAAGAUUAAAAAUUUUGAGAUUAGACCAGAAAAUUUCAAGAUCAAUACCAAAUUAUCCAAAGAUCCUUCAGCUUAUCCUGGUGGUAAGAAUAUGCCUGCUGUGCAAGUUGCUUUAAGAUUGAAAGAACAAGGUAAAGUUAUUAAAGCUGGUAGUGUUAUAACAUUUGUUAUUACUGAAGGUGAUGAAGGUAGUGUUGCAGAAAGAGCUAGAUCAUUGAAUGAAAUGCUUGCUAAGAAUUCAACUUUGAAGCCAGAUCCUAAUUAUUAUUUGGAAAAGCAGAUAUUUGCUCCAGUGGAAAGAUUGGUUGAAAGAAUUGAAGGUGUUGAUAUUGUUAGAUUAGCAAAAGCAUUAGGAUUAGAGCAUAGAUCCAAACAAUUGAACAAUAAUAGUAAUAAUGGUGCUUCAAUGGGUACUUUACAACCAUUAGAAUCUACAAUUCCAGAUUCUGAAAGAUUUAAAAACGCAGCACAUUUGUUUUUGAAUUGUAAAUGUGGUAAUCAUUUCAAAUUUGGUGGUAUUGUUGCUUCUCAUGAUUACCAAAUUACAUUUAAUGGUGUUCAAUGUAAGAAAUGUGAAUCCCAAAUAUCAACUCUAGGUGUUUCAAGUCAAUUAGAACAUAGAAUUAGAUCAUUUAUUGCUAAAUAUUAUCAAGGUGUUGUUGUUUGUGAUGAUUCAACAUGUGGUAUGACUACAAAGCAAAUUUCAGUGUAUGGUAAAAGAUGUUUGUCACAUGGUUGUAAAGGUGUUAUGAGAUAUAAAUAUAGUGAUAAGGAGCUAUAUAAUCAAUUGUUAUAUUUUGAUUCAUUAUUUGAUGUUUCCAAAAACAAGACACAAUCAUUAAGACCAUUAUAUGACAGUGAAGAUAAAUCUCAGCCUACACCAAUGAUUAAAGGUCAAAUUGAUGCAUUGAGUGAACAAAAUCGUGAAAACUUUGAAGUUUUCAAAAGUGUUGUUCAAAAAUAUUUGAGUGAUUGUGGUCGUCGUUAUGUUGAUAUGGGUAGUAUGUUUGAUUUCAUGAACAAAUGA